GCGCUAAGGGACGGCCUUGGCCCAUUGCGGCUCGAAGGCUCCUCCAAGCGGUUGCAGAAGAUGCUUGCAGAGUUGGCCCUCUCCAUGGAGCCGGUGGCUUCACCGCAGCUGGAGAACACAGUCGUCAGCGAGAACACCUGCAAGAUGCUUCUACGUCUUUGCGAUGGCCUGUCAAUCGAGUGCGUGCUCAUUCAGAUGGGCAAGCAUUCAAGCCUCUGUGUUUCCAGCCAGGUGGGUUGCAAGCAGGCCUGUGUCUUCUGCGCCACUGGCAAGUUAGGCGAGGUGCGUAACCUGACUACGUACGAAAUUCUUGCGCAAGUUUGGCUGGCCCAGAGACAAGCCAGGGAGCUUAACUGGCCAAAGAUGCACAACCUCGUGUUCAUGGGCAUGGGCGAGCCGGCAAAUAAUUUGGACUCAGUAGCUCAGGCGCUUGAGCAACUAACUGAUUCAAACAGCUUUAGCAUCUCACGCCGGUAUAUCACGGUUUCAACGGUUGCACCAUCCCCUCGCCAAGUUCUACGCUUGGCGGAGAUGCCUUGCAAAUUAGCUUGGUCGGUGCAUGCAGCAACGGAUCCAGUGCGUCGGCGACUGGUGCCAAGCAGCAAGCAUUCUUUGGCUGAUUUACGGGACGCGUUCUUGAAGUGCCUGCAGCUGCGACCAGAGAGGUUUAGACAAUUGAUUUGCGAAGUCGUGCUCCUGGACGACAUCAAUACAGAUCCAAGCCAUGCCAAAGCGCUCUCAGACUUACUAGCUCCAUUUGACCGAGAGCAGAUCCUUGUGAACCUGAUUCCGUACAACGACAUACAAGGGCUUGUAAACCGCGGUUUCAAGCUGGACGUAACUUCCAAGCUGGCGGCACCUUCCUUGGACACGGUCCGCAGCUUUCAGCGCUCUUUGUGGAACCAUGGGCUGUAUUGUUCCGUGCGACAGACCCGCGGUGAGUCCAAAGCCUCAGCUUGUGGGCAGCUGGCUGCAGUGACUGGUCUUGCAGCACUGGAUGGAGACGAGGAUGACAAGGAUCCAGGCCUUGGCUCUCAACAGUAG